CAUGUGAGAAAGUUACUUGCCAAAUGCUCUAGGCUUAUUUUAGGCACUCAGUUCUCCUUUGCCCUCAAUUUUGGCCUGUAUAAUUGAAAUAUUGAUGAGUAUAGCAUUAAACCCAAACCAAUCUAUUAAAUGAAUACAUAGGUAUAAGAUGGAUCAGAAUCUCGUGACUGCCUUGGUGACCUGAGGUUUAGAUGGUUAGCCUCGGAGUUGGGAAACCUGGGAACCCAGUUGGUUAUACCAAAGACUUCAAAAAUGGAGCUUGUUGCUGCCUUGCUGGGCGCUCAGGACGGUGAGACCUCUCCAAAGAAAGGAAGAUACAUAAAGGCUGAACCCAAGUAUGAAAGUGAGUCAGAUGAUCAGGAAGAGGUUGACAAUGGAGAUACCAGCCAAGCUACAAGAUCUUCAUCCAAAAGACAGCCCUACAGGAAGAAUUAUUCGAUGAAAGAUCUUCUUAAUGCCUACAAUAUGGUAAAGUAUGAAAACAUGCCUGUUCAGACAGCUGCCAAGACUUUUGGGGUCCCCUCAACUACCCUUCGCGAUCGGGUUCGAGGGAAUGUGAACCUGGAAAGCGUUCGACCUGGCCCAUCUUCACUCCUGUCAAUUGAGCAGGAAAUGACCCUGGUAGAUCACAUCAGUUACAUGGCUUCCAUUGGCUGUGGUUACACACGCAGUGACAUAUUUGACCUGGCCACAAGCCUAGCUGUUCAUUUAGGGCUCAUUGAAGAAGGGCGGCAGCUGCAGAGAAGCUGGUACCGACGAUUUAGGUCUAGAUGGCCAGUGAUAAAUGCAGUAAGGCCAAAGAAAAACUCCAGGAAGCGCUCUCAGGCCGCUAUUGCUCUAGAACAAGAGUCCAUCAAAAAGUAUUUUGAAGAGUUGCGAGCAGUUCUAGAAAAACAUGAUCUUUUGGAAAAACCUCAGCGAAUCUUUACCUAUGAUGAAAGCUUCGUCCCCCAAACUCGAGACAUGGAUGCACCAGAAACGUGUGCAAAGAUUCUGGGAUGUGGCAAUGGGAUCGGGAGUGCUCUACCGCCAUACCUUGUUUUUCCAGAAAGCCCAGAUCCAGCCUGUGAAAGACCUGAUGAUAAAGUUGUUCAGAGUGCACCACCAGGAAGUCUUAUUAGGUUCAGGGAAAAUUAUGAUGAUUGGUCGGAAGCAGAAAUAUUUCAGGACUACGUUCAAGCUCAUUUCUUGAAAUCUGCAGAAGUUGGAGGCGCUACACCAGAGGAUCCUGUUCUGAUAUUGUAUGACCGCACUAAACACCACAUCAGCUCCUGUAUUGACUGGGCUAGAAAACUCAACGUGGUGCUGUUUUUGUUGCCACCUUUUUAUGGCUACGCAGCAAGAAGCGAAGAAAUCGGUUGCUUAGGGCAGCUUAAACGUAUUUGCUUGCAAGAGUGCCAUAAGUUCUUGUUCUUCAACUUGGGUAAGGUGGUGAACAAAACAGAACUUUGCAAAUUCAUUUGUCAAUCCUAUGAAAAAGUUAUGACCCCAACUAAUCUGAUCGCUCUGUUUAGAAAAACUGGAACGUACCCUUACAACCCUGAUGGUAUUGCAAAGGACCGACUGCAUGCCUAUAUCAUCAUGCCCAACCAGGAAAAAGUCGCCAAGACUUCCGACACGCUGACGUCGGCCUUCAUACAACAGACCCGGAGCAAGGCGCGCAAAACUCCCAAAAAAGGGAAAACCACAAAGCGUGCAACAGUGACCACGUCCAGAGGGAAGCGCAAAGUCAAGAAGGAAGUAUCCAGUGAAUCUGACUCUGAGUUUGAUUGGGACUCUGGGCCAGAGUCUGCUGAAGCCGAGUCAGAUCCAGACUCAGAAGUAGAAAUAAGGAGGUCUCCAAGGUCAUCCAGGACGUCAGGGUUCACGGUGAAACGGUCUGUGGAGCUGAUCACAGCCGAGGUGACGGACAGUUCCAGGGAGACGCAGACAGAGCAAAGUGUCACCGUGCCGGUGCACAAUGUCCUGACCGAAGGCGUUCCUGAGCCAGAAGUGCCUGAUGAGGAAGAAGAAUAUACCUGCUACACUGACGGAGAGCUAUUUGCCUUGCGCUGUGUCAUCUGCAAAAAGUACAACCCGCCUCCUACGUUUAUGACAGAGGGCGAGUCCGUGAUCAGUUGGACGCAGUGUGAUUCCUGUCAGGCCUGGAGUCAUCUCUGUUGCUCAACCCUCUCCAUUCCCUUCCCAGAUUGCCCUUUCCUGUGUCCAACCUGCACCGCAGAGUUCAAGCUCUUCUGCAACAACUUCACCUCGGCCAACAUUACGGAGUGGCUGAAUGCCAAGAGGGCAAUAACCGAAAACAUUCUCAGUGCACAAAAUGGCUGAACCUUUGUUCAGGUGUAUCUACUUUUCUCGCACGCAGAUAUUCCACUUCACGUUUCCGUAUGAAAUGCCAGGAAACAAGUGACAGUGCUUUAUUCGACUGUCAUAGAAAUGUGAAAAAUAUCUGUGUUAGCUGCACCGCAAAACUUGCAGUUAGUUGAUUCAUUUUUUACUUCAGAACUUUGACUCUAUUCAGACUCAUCAAAAAUCUGUGUUGAAUUCUGUAGAAUAUUUUACCUGCGAGUAUGCUGGCAGUGAGUCACAUGAAAAUGAAUUUGUACAUGAUUUGAUGGUUGAAUGAUUAACCAAUUUUACUGAAUCGUUUACUGGAAUACAUGUAAAAUAUACACGUCAGUCAAAUUCAAGAACCUGGCAAGACACAAAAUUCGCCAAAAAAGAAUGAAAUAAAUGUUUUUGUGCUGUUUUUCCUCUUCAUAAAUAAACUAAAUA